AAAAAGUAAAAGCGAUGAACCAGCUAAUGAGGCAAACGCCAGGGACCAUGAUUCACUUAUCAGAAUGAUUUACUCUAAUUCAAUUAAUUAUCUUCUCUUUAUUUAUAGUGACAAUUGUUACUAAAGUAUUCUAAUUACUUCUCAAUAUAUUAGGGUAUAUUUAAUUAAGGUUAAAUUAACUUUUUCUUAUCCUAUUCAGAACUUAAAUAAAUCAUGAAGCUAUGAUCUAUAAAGCCACACAGAUCCUAAAUUAUCCCUAAUUUAAUUAUUUAUGUUUAUCUCUCAAAGUCUAACUUAACUCUUCAUCUCUUAAUUCAUUGAAUAGCCCACAAGCAAAUUAUAUAGUGACCGUUCCAUAUAAAAAGUAAUUAAAAUAAGCAAGAUAAAUAUAAAUAUAAAUGAAAAUAUAGUUUUUCAUAGAUAAGAAAUUAAGUUUGAUAAGAAAAAUAAAUAAAAAGCGUAAAAUCCAUCCCAAUCAAGUAAAAAACAACUCACAGAGGUCAAAUUAGAAAUCUCAAUUAAAAACAUAAAUAAAAUCUAAAAAAUAAGAUAAGAGAAAAAAUUCUCAGUUUGGAAGAUUUCUUCCAAACUUUAUAAUAUACCUCUUAGUCUUCAGAUAAAAUUAAAAUAUUUGAGAGAUUUUUGAAAGAUUUAUUUAUAAUUAAUUCAGCCUCUGGAACCCGGAUAGAUCAUGCCUCUAUUUUAUAUGAUUUGCAAUACUUGAUUUAAAUAUAUUUAAUUAUCAAAUUGCGUCUCCUAGAGUUUAGGUUUGCGUGCAGUCGGGCACCGUUAUGUUAUGUCCACGCGCGGGUAAAAGUCGAGGCUCCUUGUCCGUUUUGUUUUUCACGCGCAGGUGAAGAAUGAGAGCUAUAGUUGUCCACGCGCUGUUAUGAAUUGCGCAAAGGUUUCUGCGGACAUUCGAAUGCAAGGGGCACGAUUCUUCUCGCGUUGGUUACAUCCGCGAGCAGAGAAGCUCUUUGGUAUUGCUGUUUGCUAACGGAUGACUUCCUUUAAUUUGGGCCAUUUAUAUGUUAUUUUCACUCCUUUUUCCUGAAAAUACUGCAAAAUACUAAAGAAGCGCGUUUGAAGCUCAAAAGAGGUUGAUUGAAGAGGCAAUAGCCAAUAACUUUGAUCCCAUGACGAUGAUAACUACUUCUGGGUCUAAGAACCUCAUUACUAUUGCUGACUUAGGCUGCUCAACAGGUCCUAAUACCUUCAUAGCAAUACAUGCCAUAAUAGAAGCAAUAAAAAACCUUUACCACACAAGUAACCUUCCUGCUGCUCAUUAUCAAACCCUAGAAUUCCAAGUCUUCUUCAACGACCAAGUCUCGAGCGACUUCAACACACUCUUUAAGAACCUUCCUCCUAACCCUAAUCGAUCCUACUUUGCUUGUGGGGUUCCUGGCUCUUUCCGGGGACGCCUAUUCCCAAAGCAAUCUCUUCACUUUGUGUAUUCUGCUUCAACACUUCACUGGCUCUCUAGCGUUCCCAAGGACAUUAUGGAUCGAAGUUGCAGUGCUUGGAACAAGGGAAGGAUUCAUCAUACGGAUGCUCCGAAGGAAGUUGGAGAGGCGUAUGAAGCUCAGUUUAAAGAAGAUCUUGAGAGUUUUCUGAAUGCAAGAGCAGAAGAGGUUGUCGGAAAUGGACUUAUGGCACUUCAGAUACCUUCUGCACCAGAUGUUGCUGCUGCUGAUGAUGAUAAGGAAAUACAUCCUGCUAGAGUUUUUGAGCUUCUUGGAUCUUCUCUCAUGGACAUGGCCAGAGUGGGAAUUAUGACAGAAGAAAAAGUUGACUCGUUUAAUUUGCCCAUUUUUACUCACCUGUUAACGGCAUGAAGGAGAUUCUUGAGAGAAAUGAGCAUUUCAGUGUUGAGAAAAUGGAAGCACUGAAUCUUAAGAACUUCUAUGCAGUCCCAAAUGUGUACACAUUUGUUUCCCUUUACAGAGUUGUGAUGGAAGAUUUGAUUAAGCAGCAUUUUGGGGCCGCCAUUGUUGAUGAGCUCUUUGAUCGUUUCACUCAGAAAGUUCUUGAAUUCCCAGAUAUCAUGAACCCAAGGAAACUCAAAAUAGUCAUGCUCUUUGUUCUUCUUAAACGCAAGUUGUAAGCAGAGGGCAAAGUCUAAUGAACAUCUUUUGAACUAGAGUUUUCUGUUGAAGUGGCAUUGAUCAAAAGGAGAAAGAAAGGGACUUCUUAGUUCAAGUUCAAGUAUAGGUUCCUCACAAGGUGUUAAUGAAACCAAAUUACUUUAAAUUAACAAAAUUUGAUUACAAUUGAUUUGA